AUGCCACCUCGCCAACUCCCACUUGAGAUCAUCUACUGGAUUGCUCAAUCAUGUCCCGGAAAAACCCUCAAAUCAAUGCGCCUGGCAUCCAAGACCAUGGCUCAGAUAGCCGAACCCCUGCUGUGGCGCCAUGUCGUGCUUGUCCCCAAUUCCUGGUGCAUCAAAGCCUUCAUCGACACUGUCAAAUCAUCCACAUUCCUUCAACAUGUCAUCACACUUAGCUAUGAUGCUCGCUUUCCCACAUUUUUUGAAGUCAUCAGAAACUACAGGGCUGACUCGAGUAUAGAGCAGCCCAAAGAUGAUGCUGCUCUUGUUGAAUCAGUCUUCGACAGAGCCACUAACAGCUGCUUUACCACCAACGAAGACACCAGCAUAGAGAUCGCCUGGCUCUCAAAGGUAAUUCGCAUGUUCCCCCACCUCAACGAAAUUAUCAUUCGAGAAUGUGAUCGCUUUGGCGCGAUUAUUGACCCAGUAUCAAUUCCACAUUUCUACGACAAGAUGUGCACAAUGGUUAAUAUUAACCCCUGCAACGUCAACUUUGACAACAUGGGCAUAUUGGCCGGUAGAUCAUACACAAGGUCAAUGCUGAUGGCAGUCUUCACCACGGGUUGCCCUUUAAAGAUCGUCAGAAGUACCACAGCUGAUCUCAAUCAGACUUUUGCCAUGCACCGUGGUGAAAAGGCCUCUACGAGUUAUCUGCUCAGCAUCUAUGAAGACGUCGUGGCCAAUCUCUCCAUUUUGGAACUAUCCUUCUGUCCCAGAGGCUCUGACCGUUCCCUCUCGGCAAUUCAAUUCAUGCUGAGCGCCGCUACCCGACUCAAAUCACUCUCCCUCAGUCUGGGAAAUGAUCCUUCCACAAAUGCAUACUUGGCACAGGAUGACAUGCCUUCACAACUUGGCGACAUUUUCAAGACACGCGCGGGGUCCCGGGCCUUCAAACCAACACUUCCCAACCUGGAAUACCUAGCUCUCGACGGCUGCAUCAGCCAGGAAGAAGAUCUGAUUCAUUUUCUUAGCAUCCAUUCUUCCACUCUGCGUCAUGUGCAUUUGUCGGAUAUGGCCUUGCUUGUAGUCCACGAACGACAUGGCUGCUGGGUCGAGAUCAUCAAAUCAAUGCGGAGAAUGCUCCAACUAUCAUCAGCCACCUUUGAUGGAUGGUUCAGUAAUGGUGGACGUCAGCACUGGUUUGUCAUCAAAGACAGGGUGAGCCCCGAGAGACUCAAAACGAAAGUCGAAAAGUUUGUUGUGAAACAGGGCUCUCGUGAUUGUCCCCUCGAAAGAGUUGCAAUCAAACCCUACGAGAACGACGUGGGCGCUGUUGUCAACGCAGAAGAGUGGGAAGGUGACCUCUCCUGGACCAUGGUCUACAAUAGGUUCGAGAAUGGUGUAGAAUUCUUUUGGGGACUCAACACUACAAUCUUUUCUGAGGUAUCCUCAGUGGCGGGAAACCCCAUCUUGCCUCCAUCGCCUCCUUCACUUGACAUGAUCAAAGCAAAAGAGCAGCCUCCAAGCCUUAAUGAACCGGUAUACAACGAAACACCCCUGCAGUUGCACGAUCAAACGGGGCUGCAAACAUGGCUUCCCGAUGAUGACUUGUCAGAGGAUGAUUUAGGAUUUCACACGGGACUGGGAAAUAAUACUAAUACUGGCUUCCUCACAUUAUGUCAUGUCAACCCAGAGGCCUUGUCAUAUGUCAAGGGGAAAGCGACGAAUUGUGAGUGGACCAUCAAUGGGAGCGUUGCCAUCCCUCCUGAGUCUACUCUUUCUCCGACGACUUGGGCUUCUAGCUCAUCUGCGUCAUUUUCUGGCAGCAUUGUCAAGCAGUCAUGA